CUUUAGCAGUAAGGUUGUAGAGAUGGCAGAGGACGAGGUUCAGCAUGCUUCAGUUGCUAUCAAACGCAAGAGACCGUCAAGAGCUAAAAUACAAGAAGAGGUUGUGUAUGAUGAAGUGAAGAUACCAAAUCAAACAGCUCAGCAAACAUCUGACACAAAGGGACUUUUGCCAGAUGAAGAGGAAAGAAGGUUUUGCUGGUAUAAGAAGUUGACUUGUUGCUUUGGGACUCUGUGUGUGAUUUUGGUCUUGGCCGUGAUUGGAGUCUUUGUAUUUCUUCACAAGAGCAAGCUGAAUCAGCUGGAAAUCAACCAAACAGCCUUGCUGCAGAAAAAUGUCAACCUGACACAACAAAACCAAAACCUGACAACAGAGCUUAAUCAGGUUAAAAAAAUUAACCAGGAGCUGCAGACAUGGAAGAAAAACCUCACAGAGCAAAUAGAAAGCAUAAAGAAUGAACAGAAUGUCAGUCGAGCUCAAUGGAGCAUUGAUCAAUACUGUCCCAAAAACAAAGGGAGACGGUGUGUUUCUUGUCAGGACGGUUGGCUUGAUUUUCAGUCCAGCUGCUAUGCAGUUAAUGAUGCUGAACCUAGGAAUCAGAAAACCUGGGAAGAAGCACGAGAAGACUGCAAAGGAAAGAGUUCAGAUCUGACUGUUGUUGGCAAUGAAGAAGAAAAGAUGUUUCUUAAAGACAAAAGUUGGUUUAAAGACAACAUUAAUGGAUACUGGAUUGGUCUCAGAGCUGUAAAAGGGAUAUGGAAAUGGGUCGAUGGAAGUGAUCUGACCAAUCAAUCCUGGUUAGAGAAGCCUGCAACUGAAGGUCAAUGUGUUACUUCUCUGCAGAACCGAGAAUGGAAAUCAGUGAACUGUAGUGACAGGAACGGCUGGAUCUGUGAGAAGAAGGCUUUAUCUGUUUAAAAUGAAAUAUUCAGAUACAGGUUAUUAUUUGGAAAACCUAAACAUAAAAUAUAUAAAAAUUCUGCUUAGAUUUUCUCACAAGAGAUAAACAACUAUACUUAGCUAUUAACCAUAACAAGAAAAAUGAUAUAAUUAUAAUAAUUGAUGCAGUAACUGAAAGAAUUAAAGCUGUAAAUUUGCAUGGUUUAUGGAACUUGACUUAAUAAUAAUUAAUGCUGUGUUUUGAUUGUUGAUUCUAUAUUGCAUUGUGU